AAGUGUCGUUACCAUUCUCCUUGGCCACAUUCACUCAACUCCCAUUUGGGUCUCUCCGCCAUGUCCGACGACGACAGCAACCUCUUACGACCUGUCGGCGGAACCGAGUUCAGCUGGUGUAAGGCAGUACCCGUCGGUACCGGAAUUACUGUUUUAGCCCUCUCUCUUUCCAAGCCACCUGACAUCUCAUAUCUCCAAAAUACCCUCCACCGUUUCCAAACUUCUCAACCCAUUCUCAACUCCUACAUCCACUUCAACCCCACCACCAAAUCAUUCUCCUACAUAAGGCGCCCCAACCCAGAUCUCCAAAUCCAACCCUUCGAUCUUCAAUCGACGGCUCAGAUUCUUCACGAGCUCCAGAAGGACCCACAAAACGACGCCGUUACCCCGUUUCAACUCAUCCUCGAGCACGAGCUCAACCGCAACAGCUGGCGUGAUCCCAACGACGAUGCUAACGUGUUCUUCGCCAGCUUGUAUUAUCUGAGCGAGGCUCAAUGGGUUCUUGCAUUGAGGCUUCACACGUCGGUGUGCGAUCGGGCGGCGGCGGCGGCGCUGCUGAGGGGGUUGCUGAGGGAAAUGAGUGGCGGAGGAGAGAGAGAAAGGGGAUUCGAGGGAAAUGGUGAGGUUAGUUUGGGAAUUGAGGAGAUUAUCCCAAAGGGGAAAGCUAAUAAGCCAUUUUGGGUUAGGGGAGUAGACAUGGUUGGGUACUCGUUGAACUCGUUCAGGCUGUCGAAUUUGGAGUUUGUAGAGCCCAAUUCGCCGAGACAAUCUCGGGUGGUGAGGCUUCAGAUGAACUCGUUUCACACCGAGAACUUACUCACUGGUUGCACGUCAAGGGGAAUCAAAGUGUGCGCGGCGUUGGCAGCCGCAGGACUGAUUGCUGCGCAUUCAUCUAAAAAGCUUCCUCAAGACCACAAGGAAAAAUACGCUGUCGUAACUCUCACUGAUUGUCGUUCAAUUCUUGAACCACCUCUUUCUAACAACAAUCUUGGGUUUUAUCACUCUGCCAUCCUUAACACUCAUGACGUAACCGGAAGAGAUACACUAUGGGAGUUGGCAACGAAAAGCUACAAGUCAUAUGCCAACGCCAAGAACUCAAACAAACAUUUCACAGACAUGUCGGACUUGAACUUCCUCAUGUGCAAGGCCAUAGAAAACCCGAGUUUGACUCCGUCCUCUGCCAUGAGGACUGCUUUCAUGUCGGUUUUUGAGGAUCCAAUUAUUGACCAAACUGAUGAAUUGCAGCAAGAGAUUUGCUUGGAGGACUACAUUGGCUGUGCUUCAGCUCAUGGAGUUGGUCCGUCCAUUGCUGUUUUCGACACCAUACGUGGGGGGAGUUUGGAUUGCACUAUGGUUUAUCCGUCGCCCUUGCAUUCGAGGGAGCAAAUACAGGAUUUGAUUGAUCGUAUGAAGAACAUUCUUGUUGAUGCUUGUGUUAGUGUCGAUGUCUAGAGUGAUAGAAGUUGACGAUGAUGAUUUGUUUGACAUGUUUGGGGUAAAAGUAAAACACUUUGGAUCAUUUCUAAAUCAAAUGAUGGUUUAAAAGCUGCACUCAUGUGUGGUUCAA